CGGGUUGGCGGGGAGUGAGGCGGCAGCACCAUGAAGGCCUCGGGCACCCUGAGAGAGUAUAAGGUAGUUGGAAGAUGCCUGCCUACUCCCAAGAGUCCAGUGCCACCUCUUUAUCGGAUGCGCAUCUUUGCUCCUAAUCAUGUCAUAGCAAAGUCCCGAUUCUGGUACUUUGUUUCCCAACUGAAAAAGAUGAAGAAGUCUUCUGGAGAAAUUGUGUACUGUGGACAGGUCUUUGAAAAGACCCCUCUUCGGGUGAAAAACUUUGGCAUCUGGCUGCGCUACGAUUCCAGGAGUGGGACCCACAACAUGUACAGGGAGUACAGGGAUCUGACCACUGCUGGUGCUGUCACUCAGUGCUACCGAGAUAUGGGGCCCCGUCACCGUGCCAGGGCCCACUCCAUCCAGAUUAUGAAAGUGGAAGAAAUUCCUGCCAGCAAAUGCCGCCGGCCUGCAGUCAAGCAGUUCCACGACUCCAAAAUCAAGUUCCCGCUGCCCCACAGAGUCCUGCGGCGCCAGCACAAGCCACACUUCACUACCAAGAGGCUCAAUACCUUCUUCUAA